AUGAAAUUACUUCAUUCACCCAGGGAGAUGGACAAAGUGUUCAAAAAAAUCAUCGAAGGUUUGGAAAUCUUUGACACUUUAUAUGAACGACAUGAGAACGUGACGAGUUCGUCUCAAAAGGAAAAGUUGGAGAGUGAUUUGAAGAAGGAAAUUAAAAAACUACAACGAUUUAGAGAGCAAGUGAAGAAUUGGCAAGCCGGAAAUGAAAUCAAGGAUAAAAACUCUUUACUUGAACAUCGUCGUUUGGUCGAAGUAGCAAUGGAGAAAUAUAAAGUGGUGGAAAAGGGAAGCAAAACCAAAGCUUAUUCCGACCAAAGCUUGGCAGCCGUAGACGAGCCAAAAGUUGACAACGAAGCAUGUGAAUUUGUCAGGCAAGCUUUAGAGACCCUUGGGCAGCAGACAGAGAGUAUAGAGGCGGAAAUUGAAAGAUUACAGCCCUCUAAAAAGGGGAAAAGAAACGUCCAGAAUGAGGAGAUGAAGAAAGAAUUGGAAGAAUUAUUAGCUUCUCAUCAGUGGCAUACUGAAAAAUUAGAGAUCAUUUUAAGGUUGCUACAGAAUGAAGUUUUGAAUGUUGAUGAGGUGAUGAAUAUCAGUGAGGACAUAACCUACUAUUUGGAUGAAAAUAGAGCUCCGGAUUUCAUGUUUGAUGAUACGAUUUACGAUGAUUUGGAUCUUGAAGCCGAUCAAGCCUUAAUAAAUGACAUCCAUCUCUUGCAUGAGGAGCCAAGCGUACAACCGCCAUCGUCAUCAAACUCACGCAACGAUUCGAUACCUGAGCAAGGGCCGAAAUCUCGGUCAUCGACUAGCAACCAUUCUGGCUCCAAUUCGAGGUCAAACUCUGUGCAAGCUUCCAAACCUCCAUUGGUGAAACAAUCUUCGACUUCUUCCGUGGGGAUAUUGUCGAGCAAAAUUACCAAUGUUAACAAUAACCAUGACUCUCACGAAAACCCUCCAGUGAUACAAUCUAUUGGAACUUCCUCCAACAAUCAAGCUACAGUAACAACCCUCAAGCCGGCACCGGUACCCGUUACCGGCGAAAUUAAGUGGUCAAGUGUGGUGAAUGCCGUCAAGAAGAAGGACACAUCUGUGACACCACCUGCAAGCAAACCUGCCUCUAUGGCAGUGCCAUUGCCUACCCCUGUUAAUGAACAUAUGUCUACUAUGUCUGGAUCAAAUAGUGUAUCAUCUCCUGCGCAAACAGCUGAAGCUGUUUCCAUUCCUAACUCGACAAUAAAUUCUAAUGCUUUGAACGCAGCAAGUGUGUUAGAAGCCCUAAAGAAGCAAAAGCCGAAGGAGGAGGUAACCACAAAUUCAAGCACUUCAACUACAACUAUAACGAGUGGAGCAAAUAGUAAAAACAAUUAUACAUCAGUUUCUUCUUCUGCGAUAGAAAAGGCAACCGAAAGUUUGAAUGGGAAUGCUGUCACAUCGCUCUCUGCUGUACAUGCUUCAUCAUCUAGCCCGACUACAGAAUCAGUAUCAUUUGGAUUCACAAAGUCACAGAAACUGGCGGCAGCAACAGACGGAUUCCGAUUUCUACCCCCAGGUAUUCAAUCUUUCAUACUUUCAAUCUCCAAAAGCAAAGACGUGAUGACUUCAAAUUACAAUCCAUUUCAAACAAUAAAUCAUACACCAAAUGGAACAUUCCCUUCCGGAUUGAAGGGAAAUAGUUUGGCAGAGAUUUGGAACAAAUCGAAAACAAGUAGUGAAUUAUCUUCCCUAGUUUCAACAUUAAACUUUGAAACUCUGUUUUUUGGUUACUACUAUGGUAAGUCCAAUGAAGAGAGAGACCUUACCCUUAGCGCACUAAAAGAUAAGGGAUGGAAAAAACACAAGUCUGAAGUUAACUGGUAUUUAGUAGAGUCAGUUAUUUCUCAAGGGGAGGGCUGGUGUAUUGGUGACUGUCUUGUUUUCAAUGUCGAUUCUUGGUCUACCACUGAACGGAAAAACACCAAGAUUGAAAUGAUUGAUUUCAUAUAG